AUGGUGCAAUGUAAGAAGUGUAAUCUUUUUGUAUCCUUAGUUAAAGACGACAUAGUGAAGUGUAAAGGUGAAUGCGGUAAUGUUUACCACAAAAAGUGUGUAAACAAAAAGUUUUUAAAUAAUGCUUUCUGCGACGACUGCCAAUUAAAUAAAUGCAGUCCUAAACAAUCUGCAGAUGACGGAAAAAUUACUUUAAACCCGAGGGAAGAAUCUGGAGAGAAUGUAUUGGCCGAGGUCAAUAAGAAAUUAGCGGUGAUUUAUAACCUGGAAAAGAAAAUAGAAGACCUGGCCAAUAGCGUCGAAUUUUACGCUGAUAUGUAUCAAACACUAAUGGAUUACAAAGAAGAAUCGCAGAAGAAAAUUAAGGCUCUAGAACAGAAGAAUGUGUAUCUGGAGAAAUGCAAUAAAGCAUUAGAAGAAAGAAUACAAGAUCUGGAGGUAAGAGAUAAAGAAAAAAACAUCGAAAUUCAUGGAUUAGAGAAACACGGAAGCGAAAACACCAAACAAGUAGUUAGAAAACUGGCUGAGAAACUAAAAUUGGACCCAAAUGAUAUCGAAGAUGCGCAGAGGGUAGGUCAAGAAAAGCCGGAUGAUACAAAGCCCAAGACUGUGCUGGUCACGCUGUGGUCUAAGUCUGCCCGAAAUAACUGGAUGCUGGUAAAAAAGGAAUCUAAGAUAUAUAAUGACAAGGUUUAUGAUAACGGCAGUGAAAGGAGAAUCUAUAUUAACGAAGAUUUACCAAAAUAUAAGCGACAACUUCUGUGGACGGUUAGGAAUAAACUUAAACCAAAAGGUUUUCAGUACAUAUGGGUCCAAAACUGUAAUAUCUUGGUUAAAAAGAAUAGCGAAGAGAAGAAGAUCUACAACAUUCGAUCGGAAGACGAUUUGAAAAAGUUCGACGAAUGUACGUAA